UUGCGUAAGAAGCAAACAGUGGAGGAGAGGAGGAGCUGUAAGCGUGUUGUGCUCUGCUUCAGUCGCUAAUUGUCAAUGACAGUCGACGUAAAGAGAUCGCAGCUUCACCGCUGCUGACCAAAGACGAUUAUAAUCAUGAACUCCAGUAUAAGCAACACUCCGACGGACAUUCAGAAUGGUCACAAGGAUGUUGACCCAAGCAGUAUUGAAGACGAGCCCCUUCUCAGAACGAACCCCAAGAGAUUUGUCAUUUUCCCUAUUCAGUAUCCAGACAUCUGGAAAAUGUACAAACAAGCUCAGGCUUCAUUCUGGACAGUUGAGGAGGUUGAUUUAUCAAAGGACUUGGUUCACUGGGACAACCUGAAGUCUGAAGAGAAACACUUCAUAUCCCAUGUACUGGCUUUCUUUGCUGCAAGUGAUGGGAUAGUCAACGAGAACCUGGUGCAGAGGUUCAGUCAAGAGGUGCAGCUCCCAGAGGUUCGAUCCUUCUACGGGUUUCAAAUCCUUAUUGAGAAUGUGCACUCCGAAAUGUACAGCAUGCUCAUCAACACCUACAUAAGGGAUCUGAAAGAGAGGGACUAUUUGUUUAAUGCAAUUCAGACCAUGCCUUGUGUAAGGCGGAAAGCAGACUGGGCCUUACAGUGGAUCUCUGACACAAACUCAUCUUUUGGAGAGCGAUUGGUAGCAUUUGCUGCGGUGGAAGGCAUCUUCUUCUCCGGAUCGUUUGCUGCCAUCUACUGGUUGAAGAAAAGAGGCCUGAUGCCCGGACUCACCUACUCCAAUGAACUCAUCAGCAGAGAUGAGGGUCUGCACUGUAAUUUCGCCUGUCUAAUGUACAGCUACUUGGUGAAAAAACCUUCUGCUGACAGAGUGAAAGACAUCAUCACAAAAGCUGUGAGCAUUGAACAGGAGUUUCUCACAGAAGCCUUACCGGUCAAUUUGAUCGGGAUGAACUGUUCUCUCAUGAAGCAGUACAUUGAGUUUGUGGCUGACCGGUUGCUAACAGACUUAGGAUUGCCCAAAGUUUACCUGUCAGAAAACCCCUUCGACUUCAUGGAGUCAAUUUCAUUGGAAGGAAAAACUAAUUUCUUUGAGAAGCGAGUUGGCGAAUACCAGCGACUUGGAGUGAUGUCAAAUAUGAUGGACUGUGAAUUCACUCUUGAUGCAGAUUUCUAAUGAUGAACUAGAAGAAAUUUUAUUUAUUUAUUUCACAGUGUUUUAUAACUUUCUACAGACAAAAAAAAAAAAUGGCAAUUGACUUUUUGUUUGUUUUUAAGU